AUGGUGUUCGCCAGGGUGAACAAGGCGGAAGUAGAGAAGAUCCUCAUACAGGGCAACCAGAUUAACGGGAAGUUCUUUGAAAGGUUCUUCCUAACAGAUGCUGAUGAGAAGAACUAUGAGGGGUCGGCCUGGAAGGACCCGGACGGCUACCCGAAGCUCUCGGAGGUACAGAGGGAGAGCCAUGCCCGUUGGGGUCGGCCUUCUCAGAUCUUUCUCUCGCCCUACCUCUUCCACUCCUUGGAAGGGAGAGUCAUCGUCCAGAGCUCGGGCUACUCGCACAGCUUCGCCCUCUCGCUCAGCGUCUGCGCAGACUGGGAGAGGCGAUUCGGCAAGAGUCUCAUCAGCCGCUCCAUCUACCCGCACGUGCGGGGGAUCCCAGUGCUGAGCAGGUCGGGCAGGUACGUGCUGAAGAUGCUGGUGAACGGGGCGGUGAGAAAAGUUUGCAUCGAUGAGUUCCUCCCUGUGAAGAGCGAGGGAGAGGUCGAGCUAAUGUGUUCGUCCUCGUUAGGCAGAGAAGAGAUCUGGGCCUGUCUGUAUGAGAAGGCUUACUUCAAGCUUCAUGGGUCGUACGACUUCACUGGCUGGACCAGCUGUGAGGAUCUUCAUGCUCUGUGCGGUUGGAUCCCUGAAGAGAUCCACCUGCAUUCCAUGGAGGGAGGAGGAGGAGGAGGAGGAGGAGGAGGAGAAGAGGUUGUGAUCAGUGCGGUUCCUGUAGAGAAUGUCGAUAGCGGCAGUGAUGACGGCAUCGUUGAAGGUGAAGUCGAGCGAUCUAAUGACCGCUACUGCUGUUUCUGUUCUCCCACACGCUGUUGUCGUUUGAUUCUGAUAGAUGCCUCUGUUGUCUCUCUUUACCACUCUUUCGCUUCCGAAAGAACCUCCCUCUAA